AUGACAAACAUCAUGGACCUGGCGAUCCCGAAGGGUUCCACCGUCCUCGUCACCGGUGUUAACGGCUUCAUGGCGUCUCACGUAGCCGACCAGUUCGUCCAGCACGGGUACAAAGUCCGCGGCACGGUCCGUAACCCCGAGAAGAGCGCUUGGCUCAACGACUAUUUCGACACGACCUACGGAAAGGGCCACUUGGAGUUGUAUACCGUCACUGACAUGACGAUCGAAAAUGCCUAUGAUGAAGCCGUCAAGGGGGUUUCGGCUUUCAUCCAUGUGGCAUCCGUGGUCAGCAUCGACCCAGACCCGGAAAAGGUCAUCCCGAUUGCCGUGGAGAGUGCCAUGAUCGCCAUCAAGGCCGCAUACAGAGAGCCUAGCGUCAAGCGCUUUGUCUUGACCUCUUCUUCGGCAGCAAGUCUGCCAGUGGACGUGCAGACCUUGUUGAACAUGAAUGGCGCGGUUUUAACGGAAGACUCGUGGAGCCCUGACGCGCAAGCAUUGGCCUGGACACCCGGACCAUGGGGCCCCGAGCAUGGCUUUCCUGUGUACUGCGCCAGCAAGGUCGAGCAAGAGCAAGCUGUCUGGAAGUAUCACAAGGAAAAUCAGACGAAGCGUCCUGAUAUUAUGGUAAACGCAGUUCUCCCUAAAUUGACUUUGGGAAAGAGCCUCGAUCCCGUGAAUCAAGGUCAUCCGUCUUCGUCUGGCUUGAUCCCCCUUUUGUUUGAGGGACAGGAACUCCCUUCGAUAUGGUGUAAGCCACAGUAUGCCAUCGACGUCCAGGAUGCUGGUCUUCUGCAUGUGGCAGCGGCCAUCCUGCCCGACGUGAAGAGCGAGCGCAUUUUUGGUUUCGCUGAACCGUUCUGCUGGGACGAUGUCCUGGAGAUCCUUCGCAAGCAGUGUCCAAACAGGACAGACCGUGCCGAGGAGCUGCUGAAGAGGCUUGGAAAGCCUGGUUGGACCUCAUUGGCGGACAUGGUGUGGAUGAACACUGAGGACCUUCGAGCCGCCAACACCAUCUGA